UUCCCUAAAGAUUGUUUGCUAUCUCUAGGGAUUAACAAUGUGGUGUGCAUAUUCAACACGCAAACUGCUCUUUCUGACUAUCUUGCUUUUGGUGGAGGCUUCAUUGGGUCGAUAUAUUCCAUUUAAGAUUCCAGACGGAUAUGUGAGGAUAAGGUGGGACAUCAUGAAUGAAACUCGUGGUAGCUACUCAGCUAAUGUCACAAUCACCGACUACUUGACGAAUCACGACAUUGAAGGGCCAUGGGCACUAAGAUGGAAAUGGAACGAAGACGAAAUUCUGUUGAGCACUGUGGGUGUUAUUGGUACACAACUUGGGAAGGAAUCAUCAGUAGGUGACAAUAAGUGGCCUUUGAAUAGUAAUUUGCCACCACGCAGGGAGAAAGUAGUACCAAAGUGUUGCGAGGACGAUGUGAUUGUCCCGUGGUUUGGAGAAGCUAACCUUGAGAAAAGCUCUUCUUCAUUCCAAAUUACUGUUGGCCAAGUUGGUAUAGAAUAUUAUCCGCCAGAAUUUGUCGGGUUCACGACACCAAGAUCAAAACUCAUGUGUUUUCCAAUGAUGCAAUUUACUAAGACACGGGGUUACUUAAAAACGUGGACAGCGAUGUGCGGUCUCUUCUUAGAGUUCCUCAAGAGUGAUAACGAAGAAGAUCUAUGAAGUUGUGGGGGCUGUUUGCAUCUUUUUAAUGUUUUCGUGCUUUAUUUUUUUGCUAACAAUG